AUGCUGCGGAGUCUUUCUUUCUUUCUUUCUUUCUUUCUUUCUUUCUUUCUUUCUAGACUUCAUUCAGCUUAUGCACAAUGCAUCAAGGACCUGGAAGUCAAAAAAGCUCAGAUACUUGCCUUGGAAAAACAGCAGGAAAAUCAGCAGAAAGAGCUGAACCAGAUAAGGGACCGCCUUUAUCAGGAAGAACAGUCCCAUCGCUCUGAGGUGGAAAGAAUGAGGACGGAAAUCUCUGACCUGACAGAAGAGCUUCAUCAGAAGGAGAUUACUAUAGCAACUAUCAUGGAGAAAGCUGCUCUACUGGAAAGGCAGUUACAAACGGAGUUAGAGAUAAAAGAGAAAAUGUUAGGGAAACAACAGAUGAUAGAUUUGUCCAAGAAAGAAUACGCGGCCUAUUCCGAUUCCAUCGAUAAGCUGGAGCGCCAGAGUGGAAUGUUACGCAAUGACCUUGCGAAAUUGCCAAAGGACAAAGAAAUGCCUUUGCGAGUGAACCCCAUUAUGUACUUUGGAAGAAAUUGUGCCAAGCAGACGGCAGUAAAAGUGGAAGAGGCAGAAGAGAGACCUGCGCAGAACAAAAGUGAAUGGGCACCACAACCUGCAGCUUAUGAAAACUUCGUGCACUACAGGACGCAGGUUCCUGCCUGGCAUGGCCAAGGCGACAUCGUCAGCGUCGAGAGCAGCUGCACAUUGCCUCUUCAAAGACCAAGCAGAACCCGAGAACCCACAGCAGAUGGCAGGUCUCCAUCACCCCAAGAGGCGUAUCCAGCGCAUUACAGCAGCUGCCUCCCUGAAAAGAACAAGUCUGAGACGCUACUGAGCCAAAUCUGUGUUGCAGAUGAAAUCCGGAUGGCUUCCCCAGAGACUCCAUUUGCUGCAACGGUGACGGAGAAGUUCCUACAAGAGGAGGAGAGGCGAGCGAGAGAUUUUGAGCAGGUUUUAAACUCUCACAUUGAAGAGCUGCAAAGGCAGUCAGAGAACACCAUAAAGAAGUACACCGCUUUCAAGCAAAGCAGGCACAGAUGAGCCUGAAAAAAAAGAAAAAUGAAGUGACAAUCCCAGAAUAAAUAAUCAGCUGCUGCUUUACAAAAGGGGGAAAGGGGGAAAAGAAUCGCCUUUAUGCAAAGAAGUGUUUGUAAUGUGAGAUUUUGUAUAUACUUCGACUGUGGAUUUCAUUUCAACAUGAAUUUGGAAUAUUGUGUAUUGCAGAGUGUAUGAGAUCUUAAAAAAAAAGAAACCUGGAAAUUAAAUAUGAAAACUUUUUAACCUUUAAA